AUGCAAUCUACAACACCUUUAUCACCUACUAUUAAACCAAUAAUUAUGGGAAAUGAUCCAUCAAUAGGAAAUGCUAAUUUUUGGAAUGAAUUAUUUUUACUUAAAGUGAAUUCAUCAUAUCUCUCAAAAUGUUUUUCUGAAUUUUCUCAAGAUCAUUUACUAAGUAUUAAGACAUUAUGCAUAAUUUUAAAAGGAAUUUUUUCAAAGAAAUUCAAUAAUUUUAGUUUUGAAGUGAUUAAUUUAUUAACAGGAUUAGAUAAUGCAAAUAUUACAUUUUCAAAAUUGAUUACUUCUAUUAAAUAUUUAUUGAUUAAAGGAGAAUCAGAUGAAAUUAGAAAUCAAACAUUAAAACUUGCUAUAAUUCUAUUGAUUAGUGUAUCAUUAUCAUCAGAAAGUUCGAAUAUUUCAUAUGAUGCAGCAAUUUUAUUGGGAAUUUUGGCAAAUUAUAAAAAAAGAGAAUUUAAAAAUCCCUAUUUAAUUAAAAUAAGUGAAAUUAAAGAUGAUAAAAUAUUUGGAGCAUUGAUCAAAGUGAUUGGAUUAAUUUGUAGUAAAUGUAGAAAUCAGUAUAUUGAAAUCCAAGAUGAUGACUAUGAAAAUACUCAAAAAUUAACAGUAUCAAGUCAAAAUGCUAAUGAUAACAAUAAUCAAAUUCAACAAAAUGAAGCAUAUAAAGAAUUUAUUAACUUGCCAAGUUCGAAUGUUGCAAUUCUUUUAAUAUUUUUUGAUAUAAUUAAUAAUAAUCACAAAUUUAUUGAAUUCAUUUCUAAAAACCAAAAAGAUAAUAAAAAAAGUAAUAAUAAAAAUGACGAUGACAACGACGAUAGUCAACAACAUCAAGAAUUAUUUUGUGAUUUCUUAUCAUUUCUGUCGUAUUUAUUUCAACAUAAUCGCACUCAAAGAACAUUUAAAUAUAUUAAAUUAUCAUUAUUUAUAUUAACCAUAAUUAUCGAAGAUGAUAAAAAUGCAAAGUUUAUCUUCGAAGACACAAAAUUGUUUAAAAUUAGAUUAUGCAAACAAAAAAAACCUAUUUUACCAGAAGUUAAAUCAUCAAGACCAAUUGUUUGUUUUAUUUUAGAUAUUUGUGUUGGAUUUUUAAUUCAUAACAUGAGAAGAAAAUUACAAUCGGAUUUAUACAGUUUAACAUUAGGAAUAAUUCAUAGAAUCAUUUUUCAAUUAAAAACAAAUAAAAUUAGAUUAGAUUAUCAUUGGGUUGAAUUAUGGAAUUCAUUAAUAAAUUUAUUGAAAUUUAUCAAAUCGAAUAUUGAUUAUUUUGAAGAUAAAUCAGUUAUAAUCAAAGAAGUAUUAAUGCUGGUUAUUGAUAUCAUUAAUCUGAGCAUUUCUUAUGGUGACCAAUUUUUUAAUGAGGCAUUAAGCUAUGAUAAUUUAUUUUAUGAAAUAAUUAGGAAUAAAGAAACAUUUGAAAAUUUAAAUGGAUUAGUCAAAGCUAUUACACCAGAACAAGUAUUAUCAAUAAUUACAAAAAAUUACGAUAGUUUAGAACUAGUAACAAAUAAACGAAUCGAACAACUUCCAUCUUAUAAUGAAAUACCUUAUCAUGUAUCAUUUUUAAGACAAGUAUUAAGAGAAGUUGUUAAAGAUUUUAAAGAAAAUUAUUUCUUCUAA